AUGCUGGACAACAAAAUGAAAGAGACGUGUCGCAUCUGUGGACGGGAUCUCUAUGGCAACCAGCGCCGGUGGAUCUUCCACCCAACCACCAAGCUCAACCUGCAGGUGCUGCUGUCACAUGCGCUCGGCCAAGAGCUGGCACGGGAUGGCCGCGGGGAGUUUGCCUGCUCCAAGUGCGCCUUCAUGCUGGACCGCAUGUAUCGUUUCGACACGGUGAUAGCCCGCGUGGAGGCCCUCUCCAUUGAGAGGCUUCAGAGGCUCCUGCAAGAGAAACAUCGGCUCAGGCAGUGCAUUGGCGGAUUGUACAGGAAGACCAACUCGGCGGAGAGCCCCCUGACUUCUGCGGACGAAGGUGAAGCGGCAGGAGACGGGAUGGUGGAUAUUUCAGGCCUGACCCAUGCAAAGUACUGCGCUCUUCUCCAGGAGGACCUAGUCUACUCUUUGUAUGAAUCCUGGGCCGACGACACCGUGGAUUGCCCCCAUCACCACUACCAACACACUUCGGCUGGGCAAGGGUCAGAGGUUGCAGGGUCUCACCGUUGUAUGCCCGCCACUCCUAGGAGAUGCCGUGGUUGUUCCCAUUGGCGCGUGGCGGACUCUGACUAUGAAGCCGUUUGUAAGGUACCCAGGAAGCUAGCAAGGAGCACUUCUUGUGGCCCCUCCACCAGAUAUUCAGCUAGCUUCUUUGGAGGCAGUGGUGGCGGUGCAGAAGUAGAGGAAAAAGGAAAUGGGGAUGAGCCGGAUGAGCCCACAUCCUCUCUAACACUAGUUCCUGGUUCUCAGGAUGUGUCCAAGACUUCAGAUAGUGAGCACACUCUAGCGGGAAGAGCCAGCUCCAGCCCCUCGAUAGCAUCCCUGGAGACAACCGAGGACUACAUUCAGACAGAUGAACUGUUGAGCCCUCCCAAAGAGCCAUUGGACGAUCGGAUAUCUGACACUCUCCCUAACAGAGCUCCACAUGGCCAAUCCUCUCCUGGACCAAGCAUCUCACUGGCCCUCUGCUUGCUACAGAAUUAUGCUGUGCACCGACCAGUACAAAGCGCCAAAGGCAGUAAACUUCCGGUGUUGCUUAGACGGAGCCCCAAUCCUGGAAGAUUGGACUUCUCUGAUCCAAUUCUGGAACUGACCUUUGGAACUCCGGAUGGUGAAGGAUGUCACCACAUGGCAACACCUGAGCUGGAGGCCCCCCUGAUCCACGUUGGGCCAGACCUUGUUCUUAAUCGGGUUAAUGUAGAAGACCGUUCGGUGGAUGUUUAUAUAGAAUAUCCGCCACCAAAGCCACAUCAGAACCUUGUCGAGGAGCAGCAAAGCCAGCUGAACCAAUACGAGUGUGCAGCCGGUCAGUGUGUCAGCGAGCUGCAGAAGGCCCAACUCCAGGUCCAGUCCCUGCAGGCCAAAAUCCACGAGAGUGAUUCCAACAAUAUGAGGCUACAGGAGAAGCUGAAUGAGAUGGAGUGCGAGCUUCGUUCCCUCCGCCAGGCCGCUCAGAGUCGGGAGAGAACCAUCCAAGACCUUACGGAAUCUAUCGGCGCCAAAGACAGUGAGGCCCAGAAGUUGUAUCAGCUGAUCGAGGGGCAGAACGUCACAUUAAACAAGCUCCGAGAGAUGGCCCAUCGGAAUCAACUCGCACAAAGCAAGACACCAGAGGGGGUCAGUGAGUCUGUGACGCUUUCCCAGCUGCAAGGGGAGCUGGUGGGCGUGCAGAGCUCCCUGUUCUCUUUGGGCCUGGAGCUGGAGGCCAGCCAGAGGAGCUUCAGUCAGAGUCAAAGACAAGCUGACGAUCUGGCCCGCUUCAAAGACAGACUGAACGCUGACCUCCAGGAGGCGCUGCAGCAUAAGGAAGAGACUGAAAAACACAAUCAGGACCUGCGUUGCGCACUUCAGAAAACCCGCGCCGAGCUCAGGGCGAAGGAAGAAGCUCUGAAGGAAGUCGAGGCCGAGAGGCUCUCCGCGGCGCAAGAAAAAGACAUGAGCAUCGCACAGCUCAAUCACACUCUGCGGGAGAAGGAGCGACAGUUACAGGAGUACUCACAAAUGUUCGAGACACCAGAAAGUCCCAAACCAAGAGAUGCACUUGUUGAGAAAUUAAGAGAGCGAAUUAAAGACCGAGACAGAGCUUUGGAGCGCACCAUCGAUGACAAGUUCCGCUGCCUGGAUGAACGUGAGGGUCAAGUGAGGACACUGCAGCUGGCGCUACGGGAAAAAGACCGAGACCUGGACAGGCUCCGCUGCAUCCUGUCUAACAACGAGGAGACCAUCACGAGUCUCGAUGCUCUGGUGCAAAGGAAAGAGCUGGAGCUGGAGCAGGCGGCCGAAGCCUACAGAAACCUUCAGUGGCUGAAACAGGCCAGUGAAGAAAAGGAGAGGAGAACUUGCAGGGAGAAGGACGCCAUCAUUGGCCAGCUGCAAGCAGCGCUGCAGGCUCGCGGCAAGGAGAUACAGGAUCUGACGGCGACCCUGGUCGCCAGAGUUCAGGCCGGCCCUACCGAGGUGGUGGAGGAGCUGAAGGCUCGGCUCCAGCUGAAGGAGAAGCUCUUCCAGGAGCUGCUGUCAGACCGCAGCCGCCAAUCGAUUGAACACCAAACGCGGCUUUCGGACUUGCUCAACACCCUCGCUGACAAAGACCAGUACCUGCAGGACAAUUCGUACAGGCUGUCCUUGGUUAUAAGCGAGCGCACGGGUCAGCUGCAGGAGGUGCGCAGGCAGCUGUCCAAGAGAGAGCAGGAACUGUGCGAGCUGAGGCGGGACAAAGAGAGGCAGACGGCCGGAGACGUGCAACACCUGCAAGGUCUUCUCCGAGAGAAAGAAGCCUUUUUUAAGGAGAUGAUGCAGAACCAAGAGGAAGUCAUGAUGCGGCCGCCGUCUCCAGAGAGUGAAGAAGACGUGAAGGCUCUUCGGGAAGAGCUGCAGUUAAUGCUUAAGAAGGAGAGGGAAGCCCAGAAAGAACUCUCUGCUCUGCGCUCGUCUUUGGCUGCCCAGCAAGCAAAGGGAGCAGCAACAGCAAGUACCGAGCAUGUGCUGGAGCAGCUUGUCUUGGAGUAUCGUCAGCUGAAUGGUGCCCUGAGGACUGAGAAGAGACUCUACCAGAAUCUCAUUCACACCAAUAGCGACAGCUCGGACAAGGUCUUGGCCCUCCACACUCAGCUGGACUCGGUUCAGGCACUCCGCGGGCAACUGGAGGAGGUCCUGACCCGGAUUCAGAACAUGGCCCUGGACCUGGAAAGGGCCACCAAAAGGCAGCGUGACUUAGGAGAUGUCAGCACCGAGGAGGACGAGGGGGAUGAUGAAGACGGCAGCAGCGACGAGUUCACCGACAGCAUAGAGGACGACGAGAAAGUUACACCUGCGAGUUUGCCUUUCACCCAGCCUCAAGCGGCCCUUGGGCAUGAAGGAGAGUCUGCAUUCCUGACGACUCGCACGCAGAGCGUCGAACUGGAGCUGAAAGAAAUACAGUCGCAGCUCGAGCGGGAGGGAUUCACCUCGGUGACCCACAUGAGGAGCACACUGCAGAGGCUUCGGAAGGAGAACCGCUUCCUAAAAGAGCAUCAAGUGGGGACGAACCACGGGAGUCUUGACCGGGGUGAGGAGGAGGACGAUACUGAGGAGGAGGACUACAUGGAAGAUGAUGAAGUGGGGGCGACGUCUUGCGUGCCUGUCAAGGGUCCGAGUGAGCGUUCGGCCCGGCUUUGUUCGGAGAACCGAGAGCUGCAGGAGAGGCUGAUGGUGUCUGAAGCCACCGUUCACGCUCAGGCCGAGCAGCUGAAGGACUACAGGGACCUGCUCACCGAGACGUCGGUGCAGCAGGCCAGUAAGCAGGUGCAAGUGGAUCUACAGGAUUUGGGCUAUGAGACUUGUGGACGCAGUGAAAAUGAAGCCGAGAGGGACGAUGCCAGCAGCCCGGAGUUUGAUGACCUCGAGAUGUGCACGUCACUGUCUCACCAGCAGGAGGAUAGCGUGGGAGGGGACUGGUACAAGGCCAGUAGAACCGGGACUAAUGGAGAUGCAUGCGAUGGAACCGGGGAGGAGUCGGCUUUACAUCACCUGGUCCAGGAUCUGCGCUCCCAGCUAACCCGCUGUCACAAAGUCAUCCGCGGGCUUCAGAUGCGUGUUCGCUCCAUGUCGGCCACAAGCGACUACGCCUCGAGCCUUGAGCGGACGCCGCGCAAGGUAAACUGGGCCUUCGAGAUGUCACCCGCCCAAGAGGGCGUGGAGGAAGAUGAAGGCUGGGUGUCCGACACCCAGGCGACUUCGCCUGCGUCCAAACCCAGUCGCGAGCUGCAGGAGCUGAUGGCACGAGUGGCCACCUUGGAGGCCCAAUUGAGCAGCUCCAAGUUGGAGGGGAAGUGCGAAGCAGAGCAGGGGAAAUGUGCCACAUGGCCUGGAAAGUACAACUCUCUCAUCCAGGCCCAAGCUCGUGAGCUCUCCCACCUGAGGCAGAGGAUGAGAGAGGGUGAAGGAGUCUCCCAUAUCCUCACACAGCAUCUGGCUGACACCACCAAGGCUUUUGAGGAGCUGCUGCGGGCCAACGAUGUUGACUACUACAUGGGGCAGAGCUUUCGAGAGCAGCUUUCACAAAGCACCGCGCUAGCUCAGAGACUGCUCAUCAAGCUGACUGGACGAGUGGAAAGCCCCGUUGACAAGACAGGCCACGAGUUGCUGGCCAUGCAGCUUAGCAAGGAGCUUCAGCAGAAAGACCAAAUCAUCGAGUCUCUGCACAACAAGCUGCAGCAUCGCCCUGAGACGCCAUCCAGCUGCCAAGCCCUCUCGGAGACCACCGACCCAUCAGACAGGACUUCCUUGGUGUCCGACGAGUGUCAAACCAACGAAGACCUGGAUCUGUGCUCCGAGUUAGACGCCGGAGACUAUCGGGACCAGGAUGAGCAGCGACAAUCCGAACCGGAUGCUCAUUCAUCGAUCCCCCCUCCUUCUCGUGGACACCUCCAAUCAUCUUUCAGCUGUCCCGGAAUGCUUUUCUCAGCUUCUGGGGGUUUAACCGCUCCGUCCUUGAAAGCCCCUCUCAGUAUUCCCUUCUCUUCGUCCUUCGACCUCUCAGGCUACAGCCAGCUACCUCAUCAUGCCUUUCCGCAGUAUCAGUUGGGCGGCAUUCCCGAGGGUCACUCACUAAAGUCGGGCUCGGGUAUGCUAACAGGUGGAGGGACUUUUUGGGACUUGAGCAACGUGACUGCGCCUAUGGGGGACUCUUCUGGAAUCCCUGGACCUUUCCUAGAAAACAACCAGACAAGGCCCAAUUUAAUCGAAGAGCACCUACGGGAGGUGCGAUGCCUUCGCCAGCGUCUGGAAGAGUCCAUUCGGACCAACGAAAGGCUCCGACAGCAGCUGGAGGAAAAAUUAGCAAACCCCGGGCGUGACGGAGGAGCAGCUACAAACAUCUACAUUCAAGGGUUGGACACAGUCACACAUCUGUCGAAUGAAAUCCGAGUCCUGACAGACGAGAACUUGAAUCUGCAGUCCCGUCUACAGGCCAGCACAGACUCGUGCGAGGAGCUGAUCGAAGCACGCGCCCGCCUCAAGCAAGCCGAACUGGAAGCUGAGCAGUGGAAGGAGGAGUUGAGACGACUUCAGACACACAGUGAGGAGCAGGGACGGCAGAUUCUCGCCUUGAGGCAAGCCGGUCAGGAGAGAAUCAACAGAGCGCAGCACGAGGCGUCUCUACUGCAGCAGCAGUUGUGUGAGAGCAGAGACCUCAUCCACUCCCUGCAGAACGAACUGCACGUCUACGAUCGCGUGUGCUCCAGCUUCAAAUCCAACAAAGGCUUCCUGUGCGAAGCUCCUGGCCUGCCCGCGGAGUCGGCGGAGCUACUGAGCGAGGUGAGGAGUCUGCGGGCCCAGCUGCAGAGCAGCAUCCAGGAGAAUAGCGCCUUCAAGCAGCUGGAGCUCCACAAGCAGCUGGAGCAAAAACUGGGCGCCGGCUCCCCUCGCACGCCGUCCCUGUCGGCCUUCGGCGCCAGCCCUCAGAGAGAAAACGUCUACAGGCGACAGCUGCUCCACGACCCGGCCCCUUCUCCACCUGUCAGGGACAUUGGUCUCUUUAACUGUGGAUCUCCCUGCCCCCCCUACUCGGACCUGGAUGACAACCAUAGCGCCGCCAACGACCCCCUCGACCCGCACGCUGAGCUGGAAGGCGACGCCCCCGAUGGCUCGUUCGCCAACCGUUACGGCCGCCACGCCGUCGGUCACGUGGAUGACUUUAACGCUCUCCAGCAACAAGUCCUUGAAGGUCGCAGCGUCGUGCAGCGCAUGGAGGCAGCGUUGCGCCCGCGCCUGCGCUCUCCUCCACCGUUAGGAGCCGCCCAGAAACAAAACAAUGAGCAGCUCUUGGAUUACGGCAAUGUCCCGAGUCUCUUGUCCAACGCGAAGACCCUGAGGCAGAUUCUGGAGGAGGCGGCGUCCCUGCUGAAGAUGUUCUGGAGGGCGGCGCUGCCCAGCGCCGACGCCGCCACGCCGAACCUGAAGAAGGAGCAGUCGAUGCAAGAGGAGAUCUUGUCCCUCAAGCUGCGCGUGUCUGAGCAGGAGGAGGUACUGAAGGGGACGAUUCAAAGACUGAGGAGCACCAGUCGCACCAAGGAGAGCAUGGAGCAUUUCAUCGUGAACCAGCUGUCAAGGACUCGGGAUGUUUUGAAGAAAGCAAGGACAAACCUGGAGAAGAACGAGCUGAGACUUUCCUCUCUAAGCUCCUCGUCUUCCGCUCCCUACGCCGCUGAGGAGCCAGGAGGUGGUGCCCGAGAGCAACCUGCUAAUAUCCGGGGCUUGACGACUGACGGAGUCAAAGCCCCUGGGGCCAACCAGCGCCCCGCUGCCAGGAAGCGCACCAGCCGAUGCUUGCUUUAGACCCCGAACAACCGGACUCAAUGCUACGGACCUCCACAUUGAAAAUCGCUAAGACCUCCUCAGUCCCCUAAACCUCUGUCUUCAACCAGGCCUUACCAAACUCCCUUCAGCGUCCCCAAACUCCUCAAAAGCGCAGUCAGUGUUAUUCUUUGAGUGGAGCUGUCAGCAAUGUGUAUGAAAGAAGGCGUGUGAAACGUGUACCUGGUGGUUGCAGUGACAAGCCGGAUUGGAAUGGCUUUAGACGCCCCCGAAACGCCGUCUUCCGAGAACAUGUGGUAGGGGGAAAGGGGUUUUUUUCUGCACGUAAAAAGGAGGUUUGUGAGAGGAACGCUAUGCACAUACACAUCAUGUUCAAAAAGUCUGGGGUCACUUAGAAAUACAUUGUCUUUAUUUUGGAUAUUCCGCCAUAGUUUGAGCGAAACUGAAGCCCCCGGUGGUUUCUAAUCCAUUUAGAGGCACAAAAUGGGGCCAGAGAUGAAUUCCUUUUUAAACUCCCUGUCAGGUGAUACAAUUUUAAUGAACAUGACAAUAAGUAUUUAACAUUUUUAAACUUUUUCUCUACUUUUCUUUAAUAAAAAAAGAUAUUUGCGAGUAACCCACAAACUUUUGAACAAUAGUGUAUGAGUGCGCUGGGUGUGUGGUCAAGAAAGGUUCACUCAAAGACAAACAAUCUGUCAUUCCAUCAAGCACCGAAUGUAUUUCAACCUUUAAAUCUAACUCACUGGCAUUCACAAUGUAUUAGUCGAGAUGAUGGAGAAACGUAGGCCCGGUGGAAUUUUUUUUUUUUUUUGUGACAGUAUAAAAUCUUUUCUGCGACGAGCCAUAGACACCUGCAAGUGGCUCACUGUUUUGUCACCAGCUUCCUUUUUGGUUCGUCAAGUGCCGAAGUGGCGAGAUUUGGCAUUUCUAAACGUGCAUGUUUGCUGAAAUGUGAGGUUGAAGUGCCGCUGCAAAAAAACACAAUGUAAAAAAAAAAGCCGACGUACGAGCAUGUGCAAUAAUGCAGUGACUCGAAGCUAUCACUGGAGUGUGCAUGAUCAAUAAGAUUGUAGAAAAAAAAACAACAAAAAUCAACUUAUAGGAUGAGAGAUUGCCACGACUUGCCAAAGUUUGAACUUUUAACUUGCCUUAACCAUGUGAAUGAGCAAUUAGCCGAUCAGGGUACUGAAGGCUUCUCGAACCACAAUGGAGCUGGUUUGGUGUUUCGAAAUGAAUUCUAGUUUUGGACCAAAACAAACAAACAAACGGGGAGGAAACAUUAAAAAAAAAGUCAGUUUCUCCAAAAGGUCUCAUGCCAUUCAUUUUGUGCAUCUAUGUGAUGACAUUCUCAUGGCUCAUGGUCAUGUUAUAGAUGAUGCAAACUUUGGCAGGAUACGGGUGGGAUCAUUGUUGUGUACAUUUUGCUUUGUUUGACGCUUGUACACGUGCUAUUCAUGCUGUAAAUAUCCUUAUUAUGUGAGAGCGUGUGUGCGCGCGCGCUUGAAUAAAGACACGGUUGCUUUGGUCAAAGUGAAACAGUUUGGGUAGCUGUGCAAUAACUCUUUUAACGUGAUGUGAACCAUAAUUGUAUUUCAAAGUGUGUUUGUGCCAUGUGUUAUUUAUACGCAGUUUAUAGAGGCCACUUUCUGUUUCCGACAAGAAAUCGCUUUGCGUUUUCCAGUAUGCCACCGAGCACAAUAGUUGGCCCCGCAUUCAUAUUUUUGUUGCUUCGCUUGACUUUGAAUCCAAAGCGUUGUCGUUGUGGGGGUAUUUUCUUUGCUAGAGCAGACAGAAAUACGGCCUUAUUGUUGUUCACGAGGGGGAGUGAACCGUGUUUUGUGCAGUUCUGGAUGUAUAUAGUGUAGUGUUAUUAAACUUGUGCAGCUUUUGAUGUGGCUGGAAAGAAUGUUAGAAAAAGGACUCGUAUGGAUCCUGUCUCCGAUGACAGUUAUGUGUGUUGUGUUGCCCAAAAACAAGUAUUUAUCGAACGAUUUUGGAAAAGAACCAAUAAAACAAACAAAAUCUGGUCUUUUUUUUAA